GGGGCCAGACUGUUGACGCGGCAUGAACGUGUUCUGUGCAGGAGCGCACUUCAUUUGCCUUUUUUUCCGCCUUAAAACAUCUGUUUUGUGUGUUCUAUGUUGUAUGUAUUUUAAACAUGCAAGUAAAUGUCUUCCUUGCCUGAACGACAUUUAUUGAAAAUGUUAACGUCAGGGUGGAUCUCUUCCCCAUCCAUGUCGUAGAUUCUGAGUAGUUUCGUAUCUUUCGAGGACUAGACGUGUGUGCAUCAAUUCUAAACCUGUAAUUAACCAGAUAUCAAUCCUACUUCCGUGUCCGAAGGUUGAUUUGUUAACUUAGUAGUUGGAUGACUGUAACCCGACUUUCUUUUCUUAAGUCUCGAGACAAUUAGUCAACUAUUGUUUACACGUCACUUAAUCGACUGCAUUUUCAAGAACAUUCAAUAACUGCAUUAUACUUAACGGAAUAUAAGGUUUUGAAACCAUGGACAAAGAAGCUUUGUUGGAUGACCUUAUGUCCAAUAAGGGCACAUCGUCCCUUCUGAGCGGCCAGCUGGCAAUCAAAGUGGUAAUGGACAACCAAUACAUACCUCCUUUGAUAACUGGGGCUGAGGAAGACAUAGGAACCAGCUUCACCUCUCUUGGCCAUGUUGUCGACUCAGUUCUGUCCGAUCAGAUCAAAACAAUAGCAUUAGUUGGCUCAGCAGGGUCCGGUAAAACAACUGCCUUAGAGAAGUUUAUUGUAGACUGGGCCAAAGGGGAUCAUUGCCAGAAGUUCUCUCAUGUGUUCCUUUAUGACUUGAAGGAUCUGAGUUGUGACAGCCAAUAUUCCCUGAAAACAUUGAUACAACAGAAUCGCCAUCCGUUCGACCCAGAGUCUAUGGCUCUUGUGCUGCAGAGGCCAGAGAAUGUAAUGUUUGUGUUUGACACGUUGGACCUCUACAAACAUCCCUUGGACCGCUCAGAACACACUCUCUGCUCUGAUCCCAGCAUGCCAAUCACAAUAUCCACUUUUGUGGCCAGCCUACUUCACGGGUCACUUCUGAAAGGAGCUACUUUUUUAGUGGCCACCAGGCCUACAGACAGUCUGAAGUUUCUGGAGGGCUUCAAGUUGGAGCUGUUGGGGUUUUCAAAACCCCAACGAGAGGCCUACUUUGGAAAGUUCUUCCCUGACCCACAUGUGGCCAACAUUGCUUGGCAGAACAUGGAGAGGACAUUGGGUUUUUACGAUUUUGGUUCCUCUCCUCGUUUUUGUUGGACUGUUAGCUCGGUUUAUAAGAAUCAGCUAGAUGCUGGAGAGAGACUGCCUGAAACACUAACUGAGAUAUGUGUCAAUGCAAUGGCACAAAUAGUCGCAUCCCUUGCACUGGAUGAGGUCCGGGCCAGAGAAGUGGUGUUGGCCCUAGGUAGACUGGCUGCUCAUUGCUGCAUUGAUCCACAGUCUACCUGCUGCAAACACAGAAUUGCAACAUUGGGUCUGAAACAGCUCCUAAACGCUCCGGUCCUGGUUCACUCCCUGCUAAGGGUAGACGGUGACAUGGAAUCAGAUCAAUGCAUCUUGUCGUUUCACUCCCAGCUGAUGCAAGAGUUGCUAUUAGCUGUGUCUUUCCUUUUGGAUAAGACAAUAGCGAAAGACGCGACUGAACUGUUGAACACGCAUGAAGGCCAUGUGAGGUAUCUUCAUCUCUACCUGGCAGGGCUUUUGAACCCCAGUCAGCGGAGGCCACUGGAGUCUCUGCUGGGGGCGUUUAACGAUGAGCAGCUGAUGGACUUUAAAUGUUGGCUUGAAACCAGCUCUCAGAAAACAGUCGAAGGCUACCACAAAGAAAAACACCUGACAGUCUUCCGGCUGCUCCAUCAGAGUCAAAACAAUGUGUUGGUGAAGGAAGUCAUCACGCCGUCGGCUCGAAUCGGCAUCAGCUAUGGAGGCCUGGGCCUUGUUGACUGUGUUGCUUUGAAUUACGUUGUAAAGUGCCUUGGAGGGAUGGAGUGUUUGAAUCUGUAUUUAGCAAAGAAUUUGACGGAGGAGGGAACAGAUGCCCUGAUCCCAGCCAUGGGCCUGUCUCAGAAGAUAACGUUAUCAAAUAGCUCCCUGAGCGCAGCCUCUGUUGCCCAUAUAGCCAAGGCCUUAAGGGAAGGAAUAACCAAGGAGCUUGAUCUGUCGCGUACCCAACUUGGAGAUGCUAAUCUCAAAGUCCUCUGCAAUGGUCUCAGAGCUUGCAAGUUGCACACAUUAAACAUUCUAGCAUCCGGACUGACUGAGGCCUGCUGUGGAGAUCUGUCCUUGGCGCUUACCUCCUCCACCUCCCAGUUGAGUGUGUUGGACCUGAUGUUCAACAAGCUCGGUGACCAGGGACUCGUGCAGUUGUGCCAAGCCCUGGAGAACCCUUUCUGCAAACUACAAGAGCUUAAGCUACGUAGCUGUCAGGUGACAGCGCGAUCCAUGGAGGCUUUGUCCACAGCCUUGUGUUGCGGCCAAUCACAACUCAGGAUUCUGGACCUGACAGGAAACACAAUUGGUGACAUUGGAGCAGAGCAUCUAUCCCAAGCACUAGAGCACCCACAUUGUAACCUACAGAGGCUCACACUCAGUGCCACAGAGUUGACAGGGAGUUGCUGUCACCGUUUGGCCCAGGCCUUGAGAUCAGACCACUGCUCCUUGGUAGAGUUGGACCUCUCUGUGAAUGAGCUGGGACCGGAGGGAGCGCUGCAGCUCUGCAAAGCUCUCCGAGAACCCGGCUGCCCACUGGAAAAACUCAGUUUGACGGGGUGUGAGUUGACACACGUUGUGUUUACCGAGUUUGGUCUCCUACUGACGAGCGGGGGCUCCCAGCUCAAGUCCCUGUCUCUAGCUAUGAAUGACGUAGGAGACGGAGGGAUGAAAAGCCUGUGGAAGGCUAUCGCAGAUCCAUGCUGUCUCCUAGAGGAAUUGAGCAUUGAAAUGACCCAGCUGACGGACGUCAGCGCUGGGGACCUGUGUGCAUCCCUGAGGGCCAGUCGCUCCCUGAAGAGCCUGGACCUGUCCAACAACAUGCUGAGCGAUGCAUCCAUUACAGCCCUUGUCCAGGUCGUACAGGACAGCCCCUUCUUGCAGGAAGUAAACCUGAAGUAUAAUGACUUCAGUGAAGACGUUUUCGAGAUCAUGGACAAGUGUGGCAAAAUAAAUUACUAAAGGUUCAAGGACAUUUUACUGCUAUCGGUUUAAGAUGGCUCGAAGCAAUAAUGGCAACUAUGACAUUUUAUUCAACAAUUUAAUAAAUAUAUUAAAUAUACUGAAAAGGAAUGCAUAGUGAAUUACAUUAAAAACAUGUUUAAUGUAAUUUAAUUUGACAUAAUUUGGUAUUUUUGAACAUUCUCUUUAAGGCAUAUAAAACAAUACUUCUACAACCAUCAAAUAUAUUAUUCAAUGAUAAAGCUCUUUCAUUUCACAGAAUAAAAUAUUUCACUGAAAUUGUAAUCUUAAUACAAAACAACAGAAAAUAAACUUGCUUUAUAAAAUCGUCUAAGGUCAUUCUGUAAGUACCUGACUGCUGUAAACACAAAAGACACACAGUGAUAAAUAGUCCUCACUCCAGACGCAAGGUGGAUGUCAGCGUAACUCUGCCGGAAGUGAUUUUAAAGCCACAUAUCUUUUUAAAAUAACAACAGAGAUGGAUGUCAUUGGUAAUAUCCUGUACAGAUAUUAGCUCAGGUCCUGGAACAGCCAUUCGAGCUGGAGUCCUUGGAGUCCUUUGAACUCCUGCAGUGUGUGUCGGCUUCGUCCUCCGAACUGCUCUCAAUGUCACUGCGGUCGUCCUUUGCAACCUGGGAAGCGAAGCCACAUUAUGCAUCAGUGUUAUCCCCACCGAGCUGCUUCAGAAUGGACUUACAGAAAUGGGCGUAUCUAUUCCUGGCGGGACUCUCCAUUCAUGUGCCGCCUAUCAGCUGAUGGCUAACACGGACCAAUCAAACACACGUACACGAUGGACGGUCAAUUUAAGACCUUGCAUUUCACACACACUCUGAAGCGUGCAGGCCUGGAUUUGACCCCCCAGCUCCCCCCUCUGCCCCUCCUGCUUUGUUGCUGCUCUGUGUUGUAGUUAACCUAAUCAUCAGGUUGAGAUACUAGAUGUACCGCCUGAGUGGAUUGUACAGUGUUUUCCCAUUUGUCCAAUGUAGGUAUGUUUUAUCUGACAUUUGUUUGUCAUUGUUUCAAAUCCUUCAGCAUGGAGCCCCUUAAAGAGUGGAACCUUAGUGCCAAACUAAAGUGUGUUACCAUUUCAUUCAAUAAAUGGUUCGGUCUAGGACAUGAGUUAUUUCUGACAGAAUGACAUAAAGGGCACACUUGACGUGGGACUCGGACUAGACGUUUACCUUUCCCUUGAAUAAGGCCUUGAUGGCGAUGCGAGCGAUGAGGUAGAACCAGAUGACGUGGAGGACCUGCAGCACCAGUAGCAACCCGUUCAGCAGCCACCACGACUGGUAGGGGCCCACAAUCUCCCAGCUCUCGAUCAGAACGCUGCGGACCACCCUGGAGCGGCCCAGCCAGACACACAAUCGCAGUUGAUCAGUUUGGGGAGUCGAAAAUUCAUGGGAGAUUUCUAUACUGUUCAAAAAUGUUGUGGGAAAACUAUUUUUACAUGCAUGGCUCACACCGUAAAAACAUUGAACCAAUAAAAACAUGAGUGACGAACAACAAGAAUUUACACCAAAACAAAUAUGAUUGUUAACAUGUAGGUGAUGUUAAUCUUUCUGAGGUGUUCUCCAUCAAACUGUGUGUUAUAUUUCAAUCAAUGACGGGAAUAGUCUGAAAUGUACAUUGUUGAAGAACACAUCACAUUAAACAUGUUGAAAGUCUCACCAGAAUGGAUAGAUGACAAGGCGAGUGAUGAAGAAAACUAGGC